AUGCGUCCCAGGGGUCUCUCUGCCGCUUCUUCUGUCUCCUCAGUUCCUGAUCAGGAUCAGGAACUGGGGAGCAUGUACGAUUACUUAGCCAAGGUAAUCCUCCUGGGACCCAGUGGUGCGGGGAAAUCCUGUGUGCUACACCGAUUCGUCAAGAAUGAAUGGCGAGUUCUAUCCUCACAGACCAUCGGAGUCGAAUUUUCUUCCCGAAUCAUCAAGCUGGGCACCGGUUCACGACGAAAACGCAUCAAGCUACAGCUCUGGGACACCGCCGGCACGGAACGUUUCCGGUCCGUAUCUCGAUCCUACUAUCGCGGCGCUGCCGGUGCCAUCCUCAUCUACGAUGUCGCCUCCUAUCCUUCAUUCGCUGCCCUCCCGACCUUCCUCAUGGACGCUCGAGCGCUAGCCUCCCCGAACUUGACCGUUAUACUUGCGGGGAACAAGGCCGAUCUUGCCGAUCCCGAGGAUUCCGCGCGACCGCCACCGACCCCGUCCAGUACCUCUAGCAAACAGUCCUCGUUCCACUUUGACGCCAAUAGCUCCAUGCGCUCGAACUAUAUGGGCGCGGGAACUCGCAUGACUGCGACAUUCGCCGAAGAUCGGGAGGUGAGCCGGGAGGAUACGGCUCGUUGGGCAGCGCAAUCGAAUAUCCCGGUGGCGGUUGAAGUGUCUGCCUUGACAGGUGAGGGUGUGGAGGAGAUAUUUCAUCGACUCGCGCGCAUUAUCCUUACGAAGAUUGAGCUGGGUGAGAUUGAUCCAGAUGAUCCACAGAGUGGCAUUCAGUAUGGGGAUGGGGGGCUGUAUGGCCACGGUACCAGUGACGCAUCCAGCAUUCGAAGCAUAACUACAAUAGAUGAGAAUUCCGUGCCACUUCGAUCCUCGCGGCGACGGGCCCAAGGCCCUGGAUCGACGGGCUGGAAGGGCGGCAUGAGAGAAUGGGAAGAUGUGUUUCGCCUGGGCGCUCCCCGGAGAAACCAAGGAUGUUGCUGA